UGACGGGCUGUCAAAGCGCAACCUCCGAUAUCCCGCUACUCACGCUGAGGCGGCAGCCUGCUGAGAAGGCGCCCACAGAUGAUCUCCCCGCGUCAACCGCGCACUUGGUGGCGGUGGCUACCUUCUCUAGCCGCGCUGGCAGUCGGCGCGGCGCUUCCAAUCGCUUGGCUUCUCCUCCUCGCGGCUCGAUCAGUCUCCGGCCCUCCACAGGACAGGCACCUGGAACACGCCGAGCGCCAUGUCGACGACUGGGACUGGGACUUCUGGAACAGUUCGUCGGCCGACGCCGUCUGCGGCUCGUGGCCCGCCGACUACGCCGCGCGCCACGCCGCCAUCCGCCAGGCCAGCGCAGCCGCGCACGCGGAGCACGUCAAGCGCCACCGGCGGAGCGGAGUCUUCGCGUGGUUCGCCCCUCCCCUCCCUCCGCGCCCGUACGACCCUGCUGUGCGAUUUCUGACCUUCGAGUGGCUGGACGGGUGCGGCGGGUUCGGCGAUGUGCUCAACGGGCUGAUGCUCGCGUUCGUGACGGCCGUGCUUGAUGGCCGCGCGCUCAUCGUCCGCCAUGACUGCCUGCCGGCCGCUUUUCUCCCGGGCGCGAUCGACUGGCGGCCGACCGAAGACGUCCCUUUUGAACCCGCGACCGUGCUCAAUCCGCCGCGGAGCUUCUGGGAUGGCGGGCUGACCAGGGAGCAACCCGCCGCGGCGGUGAAAGAGGGGGGAGUGGUGUGGGUAGACCUGCGCAACACGCGCGUGGACCCAGAGACGUACUUUAAGGCGCUCGAGAACGCGACUAACAUCCGGACGGCGGCGAAUCUGGGCAUGCUGACGUACAUGGCGACUCAGGCCAAUGGGUCGUGGGCGGAACGGUUCAAGGCGUUGGGGAUGCGCCUGCCGUACGCCGUGGGGUGCUUCCUCAGGUUCCUCCUGCGGCCGCGUGUUGAGGUGCAGGAGCUGUUUCACAGCAUGCAGCAGCGGCUUCGAGCCAGCACGGGGGGUGACGGCAGCAGCAGCGGCAGCGACAACAGCAGCGGCAGCGGCAGCAGCGGCGGCGAUGGCAGGCGCGUGGCAGUGGUGGGCAUUCACAUCCGCGUGCAGGACGAGGUGGUGUGGGCGGGCGACAGAGGCGCGCCCAAUGAGCUGAGCGCGCAGGACGUGGACCGGCUUCUGGAGAACGCAAAGCUGUGGCUCGACUGCGCUGAGCAAGUGGAGGCGUUUUGGUUGCCCACGUCCCUCGCUGUGCGAUGGAUGGUCAUCACCAACUCAGCCCAACUCAAGGCCGCCCUCAAAUCAAGAUACCCGGACAAGGUGAUCACGACGGACUUUGUCCCUCGGCAUUCAAACGUUCUGGCUUCAGCGAAGCAUGGAAGCGUAGCCAGCAAUGCCUUUGGUGCUGCCAUCGAGAGUGGCAAGCAGAAGGAGGCGAGGAUGUUUCAAGAGCUGAUCACCGAGUGGCUGCUGCUAUCUGCUAGUGAUGCGUAUGUCAUUUCUCAGUCUGGUUACUCCCACACAGCUGCAUUUUUCUCUAUGAGGACAAUGGCAAUAUUUGAGUACAAUAGGUGUGACCCGGAACAGCCAACAGAGGCAACGAACAUGGGGGCCGACUGGAGUGGGAUUUAGCGAGGUUGAUGUGAAUAAGUGGCUUCAACGAUCGGUUCGGUGGAAUUAUAAGCUACCGUAAUCACCUGGAUAGACACCCCUAGGAUCGCUCCUAUAUACAUAUUACCAUAUUUGCUCGAAUAUAGCACUAUGAGGUCU